AUGAGUGGGAAAAGCGACGAUAAAGAAGUAGAAACAGUAAAUAUUUUAAGAAGCAAACAAAAACUGGGUAGAGAGGUUGGUAAAACUAAACAAAGUGACAUAAAUAACAGGAAAGGGAACAAAGUGAUACGGAAAAAUAUGAAACAAAAAAGAAAGAAAAGUGGCGGUAAAGUUGAAAUUAAUCUAAGAGUAGGGACAUGGAAUGUCCGGGGGACGUAUGAGGAAGGGGCAUUAAAACAUUUGAGCCGUGAAAUAAAAAAAAUUAGAGUUGAUUUAGUGGCACUACAGGAAACAAAGCAGAAAGGAAACGAAAUUGUUGAAAUUGAGGACUAUAUGCUAUUUAAUAGUGGAGGGAAGAAUAUAAUGCUAGGAACGGGCUUUAUGAUACAUAAUAAGUUAAAAGCAGCAGUUAUUCAGUUCAAACCGGUGUCGGAAAGAAUGUGUAUUUUAAGGAUGAGAGGGAAAUACCAAAAAAUGGCUUUCAUAAAUAUACAUGCACCAACAGAGGAAUCGCAGUUAGACGAAAAAGAAGAAUUCUAUAAUAUGCUUGAUAUGGAAUACGAUAAGUUGGCAAAAUAG